GACAAAGAGGGCGGAGCCCGAGGAGGGCGGGACAGCACGAACCUCGCUCCUCCCAGGGCUGGGGUGAGCCCGAGACCGGGACCCGCCUCUCCCGCGCUGUCGUCCUCACGGCGCCAUAGGGGCAGCCAUGGCGGGCAGCCUGCUGCGGGGUCUGUGGCAUCGAUGGCGCCGUUACAAGUACCGCUUCGUUCCUUGGAUCGCGCUGAACCUAAACCACAACCCAAGGACCCUCCGAUAUGUUCCUGAGGAAUCCAAAGACAAAGUUAUCUCAGAUGAAGAUGUCCUAGAAACACUACUGAAAGUUUUCCAGGCUCUGUUCUUAAAUGAUUUCAAUAAGCAAUCCGAUAUCUUGACUCUGCUUCCAGAACCUGUUAAAUCAAAAUAUCAAGACCUGCUGGCAGUUCAGCAUCAAAGGGUGAAACUGCUUGAAAACAAAUGUCAACAGCAACAUAUUUUUAAACCAGAAGAAAUUCUAUAUAGGACAUUGGGUUUCAGCAUUGCCCGAGCAACUAGCUCAUUGAUUUCUGCUGGAAAAGGUGUCUUCGUUACUAAAGGAUUGGUACCGAAAGGCGCGGUUGUAUCUAUGUAUCCUGGUACAGUGUAUCAGAAGUAUGAGCCAAUCUUUUUCCAGUCCAUCGGAAAUCCAUUUAUUUUUAGAUGCCUGGAUGGAGUAUUUAUUGAUGGAAAUGAUAAAGGAAUAUCAAAAGUUGUGUACAGAUCUUGCAAUGGGCGAGAUCGACUUGGCCCUUUACAAAUGAGUGAUAGUACAUGGCUCACGUCAGAAAUUCAUAACCCACUGGCUGUAGGACAGUAUGUUAACAAUUGUUCAAAUGACAGGGCAGCUAAUGUCUGUUAUCAGGAAUUUGAUGUGCCUACUGUUUUCCCUAUAGAACUGAAACAGUAUCUGCCAAACAUUGCCUACAGUUAUGACAAACAAAGCCCACUUCGAUGUGUCGUUCUUGUUGCACUUAGGGACAUCAAACAAGGAGAAGAGCUUUUUUCAAAUUACUAUACAAUUGUCAGCUAACUCUGAAUUAGAAAUUAGGUUUCCUACUCAGCUAAUGAGUUAAUUCUGAGUAUUUUUGUUAAUUAUUUCUCUGAGGUUCCACCUGUAGAACAAAUAUUUUGAGACAUAAUUGGAGUAGGAACUUGUUUAUAUUGAUAUUUAUAUUCCUAUUUCAUGAUAAAAGCUAUUUGCUUCAUUACAAUUUUAAAUUUGUAAUGCAAUUCCAAUUUUUAAUUGGUUUUCACCUGAAUACACAAUAGCUUAUUAAAUUAAUUCUACCACUUCAAAAAAUAAUUGAAAUGAUGUUCUUUUGUUUAUUUUGUAUAUUUGUGGUAGUUUAUAUAAAAUUUUAGCCAAGUAUCAGCAAGCCUUAUAGUGCUGUUGAUAUGCACAAACUUCUGUAAAAGCUUUUUUUUUAUUCUACAACAUAGAAAUAUUAUAUUGCCAUGAGUAAAUGGGUGUGUGCACAUAUAAAGAUUGUUCUAGCUGAGUAGGAGAGAAAUGUGAGGUCAUUAUACUAUUUACUCUGAAAUUCCUAUAUCAAGAAAUGAUUAAAGAGAAGCCCAAGCAGUUGUUUUAGCAUGGGAAUAUAGUUAACGUUAGCAUUGGUGGUAGGAAUGCCUGGUUCUCACAUUCCCAUGUGGAGGGCUUCCAUUACAAAUGCUUCUAGCCUUUCUGCUACCCAUUGAAGGAUAGUGACUUUUUGAGUAUCUUUGAAGAACUGGGCACCUGUGGCCCAUACCUUUCUAGUUGCAUCUCUGUGGACUCCUUCCCAGUAGAAAGAGUAUGUCCUGGGCUGUUCUCGCCAUUGAGCAGGAAUAAGCUUAGUUCAGAGGUAGGUAUUGGCAAGCCAGCCUGGCCGUGGCUCUGAAGCCAACUUCCACAGUUUUAUUAGUAAACUUACUUUGAUCUCCA